AUGACAAUUGAGAGUGCUCCCUUACCAUCAAUUGGUAUUUCCAAUUUACCUAAUCAAAGGUAUAAAAUUGUUAGUGAUAAUGGUGGUUCACUCACCAUUAUGGUUUGUGGUGAAAGUGGCCUUGGUAAGACUACCUUUAUCAAUACACUUUUCCAAACUACUCUAAAACACGGAGAAGGACAUGGUAAUAGAAAACAUCAUCCCGUGAAAAGAACUGUUGAAAUUGAUAUCCUUAGAGCUCUUUUGGAAGAGAAAAACUUCACACUACGUGUUAACGUGAUAGACACACCGGGAUUCGGCGAUAAUGUUAAUAAUAAUCGAGCAUGGCAACCAAUUGUGGAUUUUAUCGAUGAUCAACACGAUUCAUACAUGCGUCAAGAACAACAACCUUACAGAGAUGUUAAAUAUGACUUGAGAGUUCAUGCAGUUCUUUACUUUAUUCGUCCAACUGGCCAUGGAUUAAAACCAUUGGAUAUUGAAACUAUGAAGAGAAUUUCCACCAGAGCCAAUUUGAUUCCAGUUAUUGCCAAAAGUGAUACUUUAAGUGCAGCUGAGCUGCAAAGUUUCAAACUUCGUAUUAGACAGGUGAUUGAAGCUCAGGAGAUUAGAAUCUUUACACCGCCAUUGAACAGAGAUGAAGGCUCUGUUUUAUCACAAGAUGCUGCUGCUGUCGAACAUGCUAGACAAUUGAUUGAAUCGAUGCCAUUUGCAGUAAUCGGAUCUGAAGAAAAAUAUGACAAUGGGUCAGGAUCAUUAGUGAGUGGUAGAAGAUAUCCAUGGGGGUUAGUUGAAGUGGAAAACGAUUUACACUGUGAUUUCCGUAAAUUAAGAUCCCUUUUGUUAAGAACAAAUCUAUUAGAUCUGAUUUUGACCACUGAAGAAUUACAUUAUGAAACUUACAGACGUUUAAGAUUAGAAGGUCAUGCAGAAGAUAAUGAUCCAGCAUUACCGGUCAGAGCACCGGCCAGAAAGUUGUCCCAUAAUCCUAAAUAUAAGGAGGAGGAAAAUGCUCUAAAGAAAUAUUUCACAGAUCAAGUUAAGGCCGAAGAACAACGUUUUAGACAAUGGGAACAAAAUAUCGUUAAUGAAAGCAUUAGACUAAAUGGUGAUUUGGAAGAAAUGCAAAAUAAACUAAAGAAGUUAGAGGAACAAGUUAGGAAGUUACAAUUACAGAAGCAUUAG